AUGAUAUUAGAUGAUAGAUUAAGUAAUCUUGAAAGGAAGGUCAAUGAACAAAAUGAAGCUAUAAAAAAAAUAGCAUUAUAUUCAUUAGAAAUUCUCGAUGAAAACGAUAGGCUGUGGAAACAAAUAAUGAAGGAUAUCUUUAUAAAAAAAUAUGGAUCUCUUCACAGGAAAACAAGUGAACCUACAUUGAGAUUUAGAUCAAAAACUCCCCCUCCGCUCAACGAACCAAAUUUUAUAAAGGAAGAGCAGUCACUAAGAGUUAGAAAAAGGAUUGAGGAGUUCAAUAAAGAUAUGGUUUCAUCAAUAUUAAAAAUGGAGAUGGGCCAAAGUCAAAUUUUCUCAAAAAACGGCAGAAAAUAA